AUGGAUGUCUUUACCUCAAACCCAUCACUCAGCAAAGAAGAACUACGCAACAUCGCUGACAAACUCCUCGCUCAUCGCACCUACGGUCCUCCCAAGCCAGAGCCUAUCGGACAGCCAACAGUCUGGGCCGAUGCACGCAUGGAUCUCUGCGAAACCCUGCACUACUUCCGCAGCUAUCAAGGCGCUUGCCACUCCACCGGCGGCUUCGUGCGAGGCUUCAUGUUCGACAAGGUAGCCCAUCUGCGCGACUACAUCGACAGCAACGUGGUCAUCGCGCGCGCGGGUGGAGGGCAAGUCAAAGACAAGGAGUCCGGUGAGAUGAAGGCCUCCGGGGACCAAGUCGAGGGUACCACGAGCCAGAACCUACGGAACUGCAUGGCCCAUUACAAUCCCGUGGUCAUCAUCACGGGAGCGGACAACCCGCACAUGCCAAGCCAGCCUCCGCAUCAGUACUGCGUCCUUGACUACUUCAAGCCCACGCACAUCUGGACUGAGAAGAGCGGGAAGAGCAACAUCGUACGCUACCGGCUCGAGAAACUCAACGCGCAAAAGAUCUCCUGGUGGUCUCCAAAAACCCACCCAGACACCAUUGCGCUCGGCUCUCUCCCACCACCAUUCGUCAGAUCGUGUGGCACUUGCGCGAAAGAGUCGACCCAGAUCUAUCUCAACGGCUGGAUGUGUCUCUCGCCUAGCUGCCCCAGCUUCUGGCUCAUCCUGCCCUCCAGCGCAGACUCGCCGCACACUUCGCCCCGCGAGCCCGCCGAAGCAGACUUGACCUACGACCCGCGCUUCCUCAAAGCGCACACCCCCUGGCCCAACGAUGCCCACGAAUACACCCUCAAGCCUGUCCCGGCCUCGCUCUCCCACCACGACGUGCCCGGCGAAGACACAUCCGAGGCCUUCACCCGCGGCCUCGUGUGCCCCGACUGCGGCCGCUGCACUCCGCGCCUGUCCUGGAGCGGAUGGGAGUGCCCGUGCAGCUGGACCUACAUGCUACCACACACCCUCAUUCCCGCGCUAUCGAUCCGCGAACCGCUGUGGCCGCUGAGUGACGCAUACACGUGCAGCCGCGACACACACUCGCCGCUCGUCCGCGUGUCCGUCUCCUUCGCCCACGGCUACCGCGUGAACCGCUACGCCAUCCCCGGCAUCGACGGCUUCGUCACGCACAUGAUCGCCAACCAGACCGUGGUGCAGGAGCGCGGCGGCCCGGACGACAUGUUCGAGGCGCUGCAGGGUCUCGACAUCGGGCUGCGGCGGCGCCCGCUCGAAGGCGCCAUGCUAAAGGGCGGCCUGUUCACGCGCCACCUAGCCGUCAACUACGGGAUGCCAUACAAAUUCAUCGCAGCAACAGCCUCGCACGCGUUCCCCGCGCCAUCACACCCCGUCAGCGCCGCACGCUCACGGCUCACAUGGGCAGCGCGGCACUGUCUCUCCGCCGCAUCACACCAGGACCGAGCAGCCUUCACCACACACCCCUUCAACGAAGUCCUCGCCCUCUGCUAUUUCGAGUCCCAGCGCAUCAGCUACCACGACGACGGCGAAUCCGGUCUCGGGCCCACAAUCGCCACCCUCUCCCUCGGCGCGCCCGGUUUGAUGCGCAUCCGCCUCAAAGCCAAACACCACCACGGCGUCAGCAACGCGGGGGUAUACACACCCGCCUCGCCAGUGCCGGGCUGCAUCGCAUACAAAGCCCGGCGCGCGCUGGCACCUGACCUCGCACUGCUUAAGGGGCAGAUAAGUCCAACCGCGUUCCGGCACAGACUCAAGCAGAUCCCGCACGAACUGGGGCUGACAGCGCGCGGCACCGCGCGUGAUGUUCUCGCCCUCCAUGUUGCGCAUGGAGAUGUGGUUGUUAUGCAUGGACGCGCGCUGCAGGCGUAUUAUGAGCAUUCUGUUGAGCAUGCGGGGAAGUUGCGGUUUGCGCUUACCGCGCGGUAUAUUGAUCCUGAGUCGCUUGGGGAGGGGGAGGGGCCGGGUUAUGUUGUUGGAGGGGAUGAGGGGGGGUAUGAUGGGGGGAUGCUCAGGGAGGGUAUGCGGGUGGUGCAGAAAGGAGAUGAAGGUGCGGAUGCGGUUGAAAAUGAUGGGGGGAGCGCGACGCAGCACUCGCUCUAA